GGUUAUUUGCAUCGAGCGCAGCGACAUGCUCCAGUUAAUUGUCUUCGUCAGAGCAGAAAAUUUGUCUGACGCCUCGAUGUGCGUAGUGUACAACGUUUCGAAUUCCACAGCUUUAUCAUUAUUCUCCAGUGGUAUUGGAUCCGCACUCGGUGCAAUGAUGUGGUUCACAACCACCGCUAGUAUUAGUGGUGGUAUGGCACAGCCAGAAGUACAAGAAUUUGUAAAAAGAAACGCUAAGUGUUUUAUCAUUCCUUAUGAAUCAUACCGAUUUGUCAUAAAAGCGCACCAUCACGUUCUGCACUCCGUUCACUUCUCCUAUUUGUUUGGAUCCAGUUUUCACCGCUGCAAUGUUGGAAAAAUGGCGUCCUCGUGGAGAAUUGCAUGCCCCAUUGUUUGUAUAGUCCAUGGGCUAAUUUUAUGCUGCUUGCUGUGUUCAGCUACUGCUAAAAUCUCGGUAUAUCGCCGCGAGAAUGGCCGGAUUUCUGAUCAAACGUCCUACAGCGUAUUUUCUAACCGAUCCUUCACCGGGCGGGAAUAUUCCGCCACCGAUCUGAUUUACCUACGGGCUGCCGAACCCAGUCAUGCGUGCACCCCCGAUAUUCGACGUGCUCCGGAGCACUACGAAGGCCGGAUUGCUGCUAAAUUUGUCCUUCUGGUGGAUGAUGCCGAUUGUGGUGACGAUCCCAAACACAUCAAGCUGGUGCAUGCCUACAACAAAGGCUACGACGGUGUCAUCGCCUACUCUUCGCAGUUAAAGGAAGAGGGUGACCGAUUGCCAUCGUUUGACAUACCGGCAAAUGUCGCUGACAGCAUCAAGAUUAAUGUCGACUUGGUUUACCACCAUGACGGAACUCAGCUCAAAAGAUUUGCAUUCGUCGCUGGUAGUAGUGAUAAAUAUAUUCUACGAUACACGAACUCCACGAUCGCUGGCCGGAAAAGACACAGCCAAAGCAAACCAGUGAAACCGCCGCGCACCAAAAAGCUACCCGAACCCGAUGCCGCAGUAAUCGCCGCAGAGUGGGUGCUGAAGGACUACCGUGUCGCUGUGGCUGGAGGUGCGGGGCUGUUCACGGUGCUGGGAGUGAUGGUGGUCGCGUUGUUUAAAAAAAUGUCUGAUGAUGCACGACGGGCUGCACAUGCCCGGGCCAAUCUGGAGCGGUUCUUUGAUGAUUUAAUUAGACAGCUGAACGCGGAAGCCCGCGGUGCGCCGCUGACGGUACAAGAGGUGGCGCAGCUGCGGCAGACCACAAACGUGGCGCCGCCCGAGGGGGAACAGUGCGCAAUUUGUCAGGAGAAUUAUGCCAAAAAGCGACGGAUAAUUGCUUUGCCCUGUGGUCACGUUGGCCACGAUGACUGCAUGACUGAACUGUUGACUGGUUAUUCCCGAGCGUGUCCAUAUUGCCGACAACUGGUUGAGCUGUGAUCGAAAUCCUGCACUCUACAGUCUACAUUAGGAUGGACAUCGUCCAUUUAGUUUGUAUUCGUAGCCUCCUGCUUGCUCCCAAUUUUUAAGCAACGAACUUAGGUCUUUCUUUUAAUGUUAUGCAUUCUGUGAUUCUUCUACCUGUAAUAGAUACAGAUUUUUAU